AUGCUUCCUGGACCAGAUCCGGAUUUUUUCGCAGGGUCAGUGCAAGCAACGCCGUCUGUAGGAUGCUACGAGGAGGUAGUGACGACCAGCAAUGAAAACGAAACUGAGCUCUCUUUCCGCAACGUUGAAACGUCGACACCAAAACGGAAGUCGAACGAUGCGAGUAAAUCCAAUAAGCAUAGUCGUUUGCACCCAUCGAACUCAAAUUCCUUCAUCGAUCCCCCGUUGCGAACCAGAUUGUCUCUUAGCAAAUCUAUGCCUAUCCAAACGCUACCUGAAAUCGAUGCAUAUCGUGGAUUCGUCAACCCUCCUCUCCGAAACAGGCAUUUACGAGAGUUCAAUCAUUCUGCUGACCCACUGCUACCCAGAUAUCCGUUUUCCGUUAAAAUAGAAAAGCAAAGAAAUGAGCUACAGACUGCAGAUUCAAACCGUCACAAAAUGGAAAUAGAGCGAAGCUCUAGAAGGCUGCCAUUGCUGGACAGAUCGCUUGGCACAAUACGCAAAUCACAGGUAUCCGGCGAAAACAGAUCAUUUUCAGUAUCGGGACGGCGCCGUGAUUCGUCGUUGCAUGUAUCCGUUGAUGCGGUUACGAAUAAUGAACGAUACAGGUAUGGAAAGAGUAACAACUCGAUCAGAGACCUACAUCUACAUCGUACAUCAGUCCGAGAUGGAGAGCACCGAAAAGGCGAAGAAAAGCUCAAAAAUCAAUCAUAUUCUGCAAACGACAAAUCUCAGGUGUCCGUCAAAGAUUAUUUGUCAUUGGCAGUAGGACAACACCAAGACCUAAAAGCAAAGUCCUUUUGCAACUCGUUGAGAGACAACAGUGACCGCUUACACCGUGGAAUAAACUCUGAAGUAGGCAAACAGAUAAUCAGGCCGGAUAUCUCGCAGAUUUCGAAUAACUCAUCGCUGCUCAACGGACGGUGUGCUGCAAUCGACUUAUCCCAGGUACCCGUCGUUCUUGAUAAAAAUAAUGAUUCAUUAUCGUCUGUUGCUCGACGCAGUGAUAGCAAGGGCCCUCCGCUUUCAAUUACCCAUGCAUAUUCAAGUAACAAUUUGAUUCGAGACACCACGGCCAUCGACCUGAGUUGUAGACCAACGCGAGAAGUAGAGCAGCAGAGAAAAGAAGUGAAGUUAUCGCGACGUUUGAGUGAAUCAUAUUGGCGAAAUGAAUCGUAUACUGCAGGAAACGUUUCAAAGCUAUCCGAUUUGUCAUCAGUGGUAGGAAGACAUCAAGAACGAAGAGCUCAACUGUUAUCCAGGAACCCAUUAAAAGAUAUCAACGGCAAUGAUCUACACCGCGGAUUGAAAUCUGAAGCAGAUAGGCGAAUCAUCCGGUCAUACAAGUUACAGGCUUCGAAUAAUUCGUCGUUGCUUAACGGACGAUUUCCUGCAAUCGAUUUAUUACAACUAUCUUCUGAGAAUGGGCUUCACCGGGAACGAGCAAAUUCUUCCCAUCAGUGUGUCUGUGCAACUUCACGCAGUAAUUCGCAAAGAUUCGAAAGCAGAUAUGAUCAACAUUACAGGUCGGCUCAGGAAAUUGAUAGCCACAGGACGGUAGUCAAGAAAAUGAGAGGUUUGGAGUUGCCUUUGCUAGAUAGGUCGGAUGACGCAAUUGACGCAUCUCAGAUGUCCAUCAAUUCAGAUGUUAGCAAUCUAUCAUGGUCACAAAUGAGAAAACACCAGGAUCGAUCACCAUUGCGUCGAUUUGUAGACCCAUUUUCACAGUCGAGGAACUCCAGCAACCUUGGGUUGUUAAAAGAUGACAGACAGAGACAUAAAAUGGACAGUCCGCGUACUUCUAGGAUGUACUAUGCAUACAACACCUCGAAUACGACAGUCGAUACAGUUCAGGAUCCUAAUUUCUCGUACGCGUACGAUGAAUCAUCGAGAAAAUUGCGGAUUGGCAAACUCUACCGGAAUGUUUCACGAAACCUCUUCAAUCCUAUUUGGUCACGAGAAAACAUUGGCGUAAAUCCACGGCACAAGCAGCACGGUGAAUUCAGCAUUCAUAGAGAGAUUCACAGUACAUCGUAUGAUUCCGCUCGUCAUAGCAAUGGAACAGAUGGACAGGAAGCUAUUAUCGACUUAUCUCGCUCAAGUCGUCACCCAAGGCAAGAAUUGGCCAAGGAGAUGGCCAAGCAAAAAGCAAACAUGUCGCAGGAUUUGAUCGGCCUAGACCUGCGGUGCCAACCAGCAGGAAUCACUAAGCCAAGUCUUCCGGAGAUAUUGGAACAUGUUGGAUCAGAUGGAAUAGGAUCACUGGUGCGAAACGGAGAGCCGGAUGUUUUCAAAGCAGUUCUACAUUUGAACCACCGUUCAGCAUGUAUCGAUUCUGUCUCGCAUGCUUCAAGCAAACUUGCUGCCGAUACGAUCAUUGAUGCAGAACCGCCAGUUUUAGUGGAGAAAACGUUAUGCGACCCACCAGCACAUGGUAGACAGCUGGUGGCUAAAUAUAGCUUGAUUCUACCAGAUGAUGAAAACAUGUCUACAAAUGAAGCCCACGUCGAGGAACAAACCGAAAUUGGUGUUCCGACUACUCCUACCCGACUAAACACAUCGAUAACGAAACUAACAAACGAUCACGCUAAGCCGUUCGACAUAAUAGCAGCUGAACCGGUUAUGCAACAAAAGUGUACAACUGAUGCCACAAUUUUCGAAACGAGCGAACAGCUGUUCCCUAAACCUACUGAGUUGGCGAAUGAGCAGAUAGCCAUUUGUUCUCAAUUGCAGAUUAGUUCGAAUCAGGAAUUUGCAAAUAAUGCACGACAGAACUGCGAUGAGAACAGUAAGAGGAAUGAUGAUUCCGAUUCAGAGGAAUUUGCAAAUAAUGCACGACAGAAUUGUGAUGAGAACAGUGAGAGGAAUGAUGAUUCCGAUUCAGAGCAUGAAGACUUGGACGAUAACGCUCAUGAGAUUCAAAUUGGUGAUCUUACUUUAUUGAAUGAGUUCAUAGUUGACGAAUAUUUUGAAAAAUAUGCUAAUCAAACACUCAUCAAUGACGACGAUGAAGGCGAAAAGGAACACCAAGAAUCGUCACCAACACAUUCUCCUGCUGAUGUCGAGUUAAACAACGGUGACCUCGGAUUUGAAGAGCUGAAUACAAACUCUCCGCCAAAGAAAAAAAAUCUUCGAAUUGCUAUUCGAAACUCGCGAAUGCGCGGUUUGCAGUACACGCGAGCUGACGGUGUUGUCAUCCCUGCUCGGAGCGUUAAGCCUCCGUGCAGUUCAGCAAGUAUAAAUGUUACGAAAAAUACAGCGAAGAAAUACGACAAAAACUGUUGAAAAACCUUUUGAAGUUGACGACAUCCGGUCAGAACCAGUUCAUAAGCAAUCACUUUUCAAUCCGGACCACUGCUCGGCCUAAGGUAAAAAUAUGAUUGGGACUUUAAAAGAAAUUUAACCCUUUCCUUCCCACGACUUUGAACGGACCCCCCCACCUCUCCCCCCUUGGAAUCUACGUAGCGUA